AUGACAGAGACGGGGCUCGACAGCGGUCAAGACAAGGCACGACGGCGGAGAUGGGGCGCAGUGUCGGAGACGAGGCUAGCCCUAAACUCUGAUUUCACUAAGGAGAGGGAAGCGGUAGAGGAUAAACAGGGCGCAACAGCGGUAGAGAUGCGGCACAUAGACGGAGACGAGGCGCAACAACAAAGACGAUCAAAGAUAAUUCUCGGCAAGAAACGACGUGCAUUUAUUAGAAGAAAUCCUUUGGAGGGUCACAUACGUCUCUUCAAUGACUACUUUGUUGAUGCAUUGGUAUAUCCUCCUAAUAUAUUAAGGAGGAGGUUUCGGAUGAAUCAUGACCUCUUUCUUCGAAUUCUUAACAAUGUGGAGAAUCAUGAACCAUACUUCGUUCAAAGAAGAAAUGCUAUUGGAAUGCUUGGGUUUUCUUCUUUACAAAAGGUGAUUGUCGCCAUGAGGAUUCUUGCUUAUGGAGUUGGAGCUGAUCUCAUGGAUGAGUAUGUAAGAAUUGGAGAAACCACGGCAAUAAAGAGCAUGAAACUUUUUGUCAAAGCGAUAAUCUCGAUCUUUAGAGAUGAGUACUUGCAGUCUCCAAAUAGCAAUGACAUUGCUAGAUUGCUAACAAUCGGUGAGAAACGGGGAUUUCUAGAACUUGCUGAAGGUCAUACUCCUAAAGUUAGCUACUCAAUCAAUGGCCACGAUUAUACUAUGGGAUACUAUCUUACAGAUGGAAUCUAUCCUUCAUGGUCUACAUUUGUCAAAACCAUUCCAACACCACAAGGUCGUAAAAGGCAAUUGUUUGCAUCAGCUCAAGAAUCUAUGAGGAAGGAUGUCGAGCAAGCAUUUGGAGUUCUACAGGCAUGCUUUGUAAUUGUUCGUGGACCAGCAUGGUAUUUUUCUCAAUCUGUACUAAAAGAUAUUAUGAUGGCCUGCAUAAUAUUACACAACAUGAUCGUUUAA